GCUCCGGCGCAUGCGCACUCCGUCAGAUCCGGGUAUUUGGCAGGAUGAGAGCUGCUUUCCAAGAUGGCGGCGGAGGGAGGAGGGAAGGAAAUGAACGAAAUUAAGACCCAGUUUACCACCCGGGAAGGCCUGUACAAGCUCCUCUCUCACUCCGAAUACAGCCGCCCCAACCGGGUGCCGUUUAACUCGCAGGGCUCCAACCCGGUCAAGGUCUCGUUCGUCAACGUCAACGACCAGUCCGGUAACGGGGACCGAAUCUGCUUCAAUGUGGGCCGGGAGCUCUAUUUCUAUAUCUACAAGGGCGUCAGGAAGGCUGCGGAUUUAAGCAAACCGAUAGACAAGCGAAUAUAUAAAGGAACACAGCCGACCUGUCAUGACUUCAAUCAUCUCACAGCCACGGCAGAAAGUGUUUCUCUACUCGUGGGCUUCUCUGCGGGCCAAGUUCAGCUUAUAGAUCCGAUUAAAAAGGAAACAAGCAAGUUGUUUAAUGAAGAGAGACUAAUUGACAAGUCCAGAGUAACGUGUGUAAAAUGGGUUCCAGGCUCAGAAAGCCUCUUUCUUGUGGCUCAUUCCAGUGGAAAUAUGUACUUAUAUAAUGUGGAACACACUUGUGGUACCACAGCACCCCAUUACCAGCUACUUAAGCAAGGCGAAAACUUUGCAGUGCACACAUGCAAGAGCAAAUCCACACGAAACCCUCUGCUGAAAUGGACUGUUGGAGAAGGUGCCCUUAAUGAGUUUGCAUUUUCCCCCGAUGGCAAGUUCUUGGCAUGUGUCAGUCAAGAUGGAUUCCUUCGAGUCUUUAAUUUUGAUUCCGUGGAAUUGCAUGGUACAAUGAAAAGCUAUUUUGGCGGACUGUUGUGUGUUUGUUGGAGCCCUGAUGGAAAGUAUAUUGUAACUGGUGGAGAGGAUGACUUGGUAACUGUCUGGUCAUUUGUUGACUGCCGUGUAAUAGCCCGGGGACAGGGACAUAAAUCAUGGGUCAGCGUUGUGGCGUUUGAUCCCAAUACCACUAGUGUAGAAGAAAGUGACCCAAUGGAGUUUAGUGGAAGCGAUGAAGAUUUCCAAGAGCUGCUUAGUUUCGGAAGAGACCGAGCUAACAGCACACAGUCAAGAUUGUCAAAAAGGAACUCUACUGACAGUCGUCCAGUUAGUGUGACCUAUAGAUUUGGCUCAGUAGGCCAAGAUACACAGCUGUGCUUAUGGGACCUUACAGAAGAUAUCCUUUUUCCACAUCAGCCACUCUCAAGAACAAGGACACAUACAAAUGUCAUGAAUGCUACAAGUCCUCCAGCUGGAAGUGGUGGUUCAAACCCAGGAACCAAUGGCAACAGCAUCACGACUCCAGGCAAUUCCAUACCUCCUCCUCUUCCCAGGUCCAACAGCCUCCCUCAUUCCGCUGUAUCCAACACUGGAAGCAAAAGCAGUGUGGAUAGUGCCAUUGCAUCUGGAGUCAGUAAAUUCGCUACUCUCUCCAUUCACGACCGCAAGGAAAGGCAUCACGACAAGGACCACAAAAGAAACCACAGUAUGGGACAUAUAUCUAGCAAGAGCAGUGACAAACUGAACAUAGUUACAAAAAACAAAACGGACCCAGCUAAAACUUUGGGGACCCCUCUCUGCCCCCGAAUGGAAGACGUUCCUUUGUUAGAGCCUCUUAUCUGUAAAAAGAUAGCACAUGAAAGACUGACUGUGCUUAUUUUUCUUGAAGACUGUAUAGUCACUGCUUGUCAGGAAGGAUUUAUUUGCACAUGGGCAAGGCCUGGUAAAGUGGGUAUAUUAUCAUCCCAAAACCAAGCCAAUUCUCCAAGUGGAACUGUAGUAUAGCCAUCACACUACUGCCUGCAAAACAUACACCACAAGACCAGAAUGACCGAUGAUCCACAAGCUGUUCGUCAGCCACAGAACAUCCUAAUAAAAAUGUCAGAAUGUACAUUUUUGGAAUUCUGUUAAAGAAAACUUAUAAAAGGAAAAAAAAUAAAAAUUACACAGUGAAAGAAAAAAAAAAAUAAUCAAUCUUAUUGAAGUAAUGUUGGCUACUCACCUACAAGUUCCCUUAAAAAAAAUAAAAGAAAACAUAAAAAAACUUCCUUAGGCGUUACAGUGGAAUAAUUAGUACAUUCAUUCCUUUUUGCUUUAUACUUUUCAAGUUUAAUGUAAUUUAAUCUUUAUAAAUAUAUAGUGUAAAAUAAAGUAUGUUUAUUGAGAAUCCCCUUUCCCCCGUAAUUUUAGAUGGUUAUUAAAAAUUAAUUCACCAUUGUGUGUAUUGCACUGAUUUAUUUUGUUUUAACCUGCAAUGGUAGGAGGCCUGGAAUGCACUUGACAAAGACAGUCAUUAUUUUCAUGGCUUGAAAUGUAAUUCAGGAAGAUGGAAGCUGCAAUCUUAGCAAUUUUCUUUUUUCAUUUUUUUUUUUUAUAUAUUAAUAUAAAAAUGUUGCACUUAAAUGCUAGUAGAGAAUUUUACUUUUAAAUGGGUGUACAAAUUUCCCAGGAAAAAAUUUAACAAAAAAAAACACAAAAAAUGUUGUGGAGAGAAAUAUCCUUUGUAUCUAUUAAACAUUUAUUUUAAUAUUGUGGUUUCUAAUUGCUCUGUAUUAUAUGUGUAAAUAAUGUAAUUCAAUUGGUGGGACGAGGGGGUCAUUACACUCGCCAUUUUCAUUAUAUGAAAAUAGUGAUUUCUAAUUAAACAAAAUACUUAUUAAUAUUAAAGUAUUGCAUAUGCUGUCUUUGUUUUAAUUGGUCAGAUCAGAAUUUUGCUGUGCUCAAACCUGUUGUGUGUAAAGAAAAUUAAUAUAUAUUUUUUCCCCUUUUUCAGUAGGAAACCCUAGGAAUUAAAAGGCUAUUAUUCCUCCUUAGCAAACAAUUAUUGGUUAGUGAUCUGUUGUGAAAAACAUAGGGCCGUAAUCUAAAAUUGUAUUUAAUCGUAUGCAAUAAAGUUAACAUUUGCAACCUA